UUUUGACGAUCAUCCUGUGUUGGGGCGUCGGAGAAUCUUCAGUUUUGAAUUCCUUAAUGACUGCAGCAAAGAUUAUCAUUGUUCUUGUUGUCAUUUUUGCUGGUGCUUUCAAAGUCGAUGUUGAUAAUUGGACUCCCUUUGCUCCGAAUGGGUUUAAAGCAAUACUAACUGGCGCCACUGUGGUGUUCUUUGCAUAUGUUGGAUUUGAUGCUGUUGCCAAUUCAGCUGAAGAAUCGAAGAAGCCUCAGAGUGAUUUGCCAAUAGGAAUCUUGGGAAGCCUGCUUAUAUGUGCUGGAUUGUACGUUGGAGUUUGCUUGGUGAUUACCGGGAUGGUACCUUACAAAUUACUUGGGGAAGAUGCUCCCUUGGCUGAAGCAUUUAAAUCUAAGGGUAUGAAAUAUGUUUCGAUUUUAAUUAGCGUAGGAGCUGUUGCAGGACUUACAACAACCCUUCUAGUUGGUCUUUACGUUCAGUCUCGUUUGUAUCUUGGGCUCGGAAGAGAUGGUCUACUGCCAUCAAUAUUUGCUAAAGUGCACCCAAAACGCCACACCCCUGUUCAUUCUCAAGUCUGGGUUGGUUUUGUUGCUGGUAUUUUGGGAGGGCUGUUUAACGUGCACACUCUGUCACACAUUCUUUCUGUUGGCUCAUUGACAGGCUAUUCAGUUGUGGCAGCAUGUGUUGUUACUCUUCGCCGGAAGGAUAAAAGAAGUCAAGUUUCGUCAAGAUGGAUCUCAGCCUGGUGUGAAAGUGUGAUAUAUCUUAUCAUAGUAGCUGGCUGCAGUUUCGCUGCUGGAGUCCUUUACCGCUACAGUGCUUCAUUUAUUUUUCUGAUCCUUGUGGCAGUCAUAGCAAUAUUUGCUUGUGCUGCUCUGUGUUUGCGCCAUGCUUACGCAGAUCCUCCAGGUUUCUCUUGUCCUGGGGUUCCUAUUGUGCCCGCAGUCUGUAUCUUCUUCAACAUAUUCCUUUUUGCUCAGUUGCAUUAUGAAGCAUGGAUAAGAUUUGUUAUCCUCAACGUUGUUGCAGUUGGUAUCUAUGCAUUAUAUGGGCAAUAUCAUGCCAAUCCAAGCUCAGAUGAGACAAUAGUUUAUCAUUGAGGGCCGGAAGAAGAUGCACCACCAGCCACGAGUUUUAACUGGAAGAAGAUAUCUAUUUGGUUGGUGGGACACCAAAUGUUGCAUUUACCUGAUGGUGUAUAUAACACAGUCAUUAUUCUGGAUGCAGCUUCAAACAUAAUUUAAAUUGCAUAUAACAUCAGAAUAAAAACCUAUGCUUCAU